AUGGAUUCUCACGAAAACGAGCAGUCGCUUGGCGAUAGUGGGCAGUUACAGCACCCAUCAUCGCUAUCCUCAUCACCAUCCCAACCUCAACCUCCACUCUCACCUCCACUCGAAGGCAGACCGAUAUCAGACUCCGGCGCACUGUCGCCGCAAGCAGAGUCCUUCUCCAGCGACGAUGACGGGUUCGACGAAGCGUAUGCGGAUUCCGCGGACGAGGGGGGAGUGCAGAUGGGCGACGACACAAAGACGCUCUCAACAUAUAUAACCAAAUAUCGCUAUGAGAACGGUCGGCGUUACCAUUCAUAUCGUGACGGGGCCUACUGGGGCCCCAACGACGAAGUCGCAAACGACCAACAAGAUCUCGCACACCACAUGUACCUUUUGACCCUAGACGGAAGGCUGCAUCUUGCACCCAUCUCGAAUCCACAGGAAAUUCUCGACGUCGGCACAGGCACGGGCAUAUGGGCAAUUGAUAUGGCGGAUGAGUACGCAAGUGCCAAAGUCACCGGCGUCGACCUAUCCCCCAUACAACCCACCUUCCUCCCGCCAAACUGCACCUUCGAAGUCGACGAUGUCACGCUCUGUCCCUGGACCUAUCCCCAAAAUCACUUUGAUUUCAUCCACGUACGAGAAAUGUUUGGCUGCAUACCGGAUUGGGAUGAAUUCUUCCAGCAAUGUUUCCAAUGUUUGAAGCCGGGCGCCUACCUGGAAAUCGUCGAGCAUUCCGUCGAGCCCAUCUCAGAUGAUGACACGGUCGGGCCGAAACAUUUUUAUACCCUGUGGGGUAAGACAGUGGUCGAAGCUGGGGCUUCCUUUGGCAAAUCUUUCACCAUUUGGAAGGAGAGCAAGGAACGGCUGAAACGAGCUGGAUUCGUUGAUGUUGUUGAGGUAGAAUACAAAUGGCCGAUGAACGGGUGGAGCAAAGAUCCAAAGCUGCGUGAACUUGGUCGCUGGAACCAGGUACGAUUACACGGCGGAAUUGAAGGCUACAUGCUACGGCUCUUGACGGUGUCGUUACGAUGGCCUUAUGACGAAGCCCAGCUUUUCCUAGCACAGAUGCGAGCAGCACUGCGGGACUAUAAGACCAACGCAUAUCUACCAGGAACAGUAGUAUAUGCCCGGAAGCCCGCGGACGACUCAUAA